AUGCAUCUGGCGGGACAUGCGUCGUCUCUCAAGAAUCAGUUCGGUUGGAUCGACCCGGAUGUGGAUAGCUUGGCCAACCUUCACAAAACUUUCGGGGACUUACUUUACUGGUACUCCAAUCCAGCACGAAACAUGACAAGAUAUGGCUCCUUGACAUCUGUUCCGACUUUGUACAUUGUCAUCGAUGCUUUAGACGAGUUGAACCGCAGUGAAUGGUCGCGGUUCUUCGGGACAUUCGGUGACAUCAUCCAUGGGACGAGAAAGCCACUGUUCAGGCUUCUUGUUACAAGUCGCACCGAGCCUGAAAUUGAAGAGCAGCUGGCGAACGUAUUGGGUAUUGAUCUUGGCGCAACUGACCAGAAUGCUUCCGAUGUCGUGGAGUACAUCAAAGGCACGGUUUCGGAUUUCGGUCAACAGAACAACUUUGGUGACGAGAACAUACGUGAAAUAAUUUCGGAAAUCUCAACAAAAGCCGAUGGAAUGUUCCUGUGGGCAACGCUUGCCUGGUCACUGUUCACUGAAGGCGUGGGCAUGUGGACGAGGGGACUCGUGCAACAGAAGCUUGAAGGCUUGCGGCAGGUCCCAGCUGGUAUCGAGAGUCUUUACCAUCGAAUGCUCGCUUUGUUGGACAAACGAAUUGCUACUGAAUUACUAGCCGCGCUGAAAUGGAUUGUUGCAGCACCGGUACCACUAACAGUGAACGAGAUUGCGGUGGCGUUAUCGUUAAGAGCGCGGCCUCGCAAAAGCGAACAACUCGAUAUCCCAUUCAACAUGCGCAUGUUCUUCAAAAAAUCUUGUCCACAUUUGAUCAAGAUAGAUGGAUCCGGACUCAUCAAGCUUGUGCACUUGUCUUUCAGGACCUUCUUACUCGAAACGAAAUUUGCCAAAGAUGGGUCUCAUAAGGUGCCCAAUCCCUUCCAUUUCGCCCUGGACCCAGUUAAUUACGAUAUGGGCCUGGAUUGCUUAUCUUAUAUUACGCUUGACGACUUCGCCGAUGAAUCGCUCGAAGAAGCUCAGCAGCAUCUCUUGUUCUCUUAUUGUCACAAGCACUGGAUCCAUCAUCUGCAAUUUAUAGCGGACGGUUUCGACGAUGUCUUUGUUUACUUCUUCAAGCUGCUCAACUUUGAGACAAAACAACUGCGGUGGUACGACACAAGUAAGAUAAUCUUUCAACUUUGGGACCGUGGCCUAGCCAAGUUGUUCGAACCUGCGGCCAGGUUUGGCAUGAAUCUCAACGUGUUCGAUGAGAGCGGUGACCAUUUCAUCCAUCAUGUCUGCAGUGGUCCAAAGUGCAUAGUAGUGAUCGAAGACACCACCCGCUGGCUGGUUGGUCUUGGCGUCGAUCUGAAUGGCAGAACGUAUUUCGGGCAAACACUUCUGCAUAAGUGUCUCAUAAAUUGGCACGACGCACUUUGCCAUCCGGACAUGGCCGAUACUAAAGUCCCCGCGAAGACAUUCGGAAACAUACUCGAUACUCCCAAGAGACCCUUUGAGAUUGCUCUUGACUCGGCAAAGCUUUCAUGCAGGCGCCUGCUAUCGCAACCCAGCAUAGAUCUCAAUGCUCCAGACGCAUUCCGGUUUUCUCCGUUGAGCUACGCUAUCUACUGGGGUAUGACGGACGCAAUGAACAUGUUACUUGCAUGCCCAUAUCUUCGGGCCGAAAAGGGCCAUAGCGCCUUACACAUCGCCGCCAAAGAAGGUUUAUUUGAUGCAGUGGAACAGUUGCUGAAAAGGGGCACUGAUGUCUACGGUCGGAACUUGCAAGGCGAGACCGCGCUGCAUCUGGCAGCAGCGGGAGGCCACUAUCGAAUCUUGCAGCUUCUUGUCUCGUAUGCUGAUCCGGAAUUGCUCAAUGCAAAAGACCGACGGAUUGAUCCGAAAAACCCAUAUGCAAAUCCCUACCACUCGAUUGGGGCAAAUGGCUGGACACCUCUUCAUUUGGCAGUAACAUCCGGGCACGAUGACCUCGUUCUCUGGCUGAUUGAUCAUCCUUGGGUUAACCUUCACAUCAAAGACAAGCACGGGCGCAAAGCCAUUGCCUUUGCUGCUGCGUUCGGCACCAAAAGUAUGCUGAAGGCUUUUCUAUCUCGAGAUCCUAGCCAGGUCACUCAUAAGGACCUAUUCGGCAAUGGCUUGCUACAUAUGGCUUCGUGGGGAAGCAACCGAGAGAAUUUCGAUUUUCUAUUUUCGCUCAAGGUCACGCCAGCUUUCGGUCCUAACAAGUGGGGAAACAGCAUCGUAGAUCUUGCGCCAACGCUUGCUGUAGAUCAGCACCUACAUGGACUUGGCUUUGUCCAUUCCGAGGCACGCAAGGCUAGCUGUCUAGGAGUGUUGGGACGCCAUCUUCCACUCAACAGGCUUAAGCUUGAGGACGUGGACUCCUGGGAGUUGCGCCCUUCUGAUCCCGACGGCUCGAAAAUGUUAAUGAUCAUUCCCGAAUCAUCCAGAGAGUACCGAGAUUAUGCUUUCCGGACGGUUGAAGAAAUCUUUAGUUGGGCUCCUCACACGGGUUAUGGCCGGGAGUAUGCUUUGAGAACGGCCAAUUUUAUCCUCAAGCGCCUUACUCUGGCAAUCGACAACCGAACAUGGGGUACUUAUAAUUUCCUUGAACGCGAACUUCAAGACGGUAUGCAUGGAUCGGGGGAAGGUAUACAAAGGUUGAAAGACAUAUUUGACCGCCAGGGUCGCUUCGAAGCUGGAUAUGACCGGAAGGAUGAUUUGCAAAAGCUCAAGGACACUUUUGAUUGCCUUUCCGUAGCUGAAGAUGACUGGAAGGACGAUUUGCGAAGGCUCAAGGGCAUGCUUGACAUGCUCUGA